CCUGUGCAAUAAAAAUACAUGAAGAGAAUUGAGGAAAAGGAGAAGAUUGGCCGGGGGAAAAGCAACAACACGGCUGUUAUUCCUUUCUUCACGUUCCGCUCGUGAACCGUGGACUUGAGCUCUCUUCUGAGGCGCACUGGGAUGUUUUUUCGCCUCUCUAUCAAGAGCUCGGGCAGAAAUGUUGUGUUAUGUGCGGCUUUCUUGGCUUUUUGAGCGCACCGAGAGAGAUAACUGUACUGUAUCCCAGCCUAGCGGAUUGGAGUGAAAGUCCGCCAUAUUCUGCCUUACCACGCCCGGGAGUCGAGCCAUUGGAAAAUAAACGGACAGCCUUAUUCAUGCGUUUUUCUUGUUGCCCUCAUCCGCAGACGGUAACCUGAACGCGAGGGAUUUCGUUUAAUGAAAAAUAUCAACAUUGACGACUUUGAAGAGAGGGUGGCCCGGCUCGGAUGACAAUGCUUAACGAGAUCACACUGAGCAGUACAGAGGAUGUGUCUUAAAAGGAUCUGUUGAUCAUAUUGAGACGGGAAAGCAGAUUACACCAAUUAAGAUUGCACAGAUAUUCCACCGAAACCGCUUUGGACUGUUGUUUUGAAGCUGUCGGGAGGCCCCAGAAAAGCGAAGCGAAGCAAGGGGAGGGGGUGGGGGGGUCAAUAAUUUCUCAAAUAUCUAAUUUUCCUUUCCACCACAAUCUGUGCGCUGUUGGGACUCAUUAUAAGGGCGUCCACGCGUUAUUUCACCACCAGUAGGCCUGUAUGAGGACGUUAUUUGGCAUUCACAGGCCUGUUUUUUUUUCUUUCUUUCUUUCUUUUCCUUUCUUUCCUUCUGCCCCUGAAAUCUGGAUGAAUCACUGAGAGGGGAAAGGAGUGCGAGUUUUACAAAAGGAGAGAGAAUGACCCUGGAAUCCAUAAUGGCGUGUUGCCUCAGCGAGGAGGCGAAAGAAGCCAGGCGGAUCAACGACGAGAUCGAAAGGCAGCUCCGCCGGGAUAAGAGGGACGCACGCCGGGAGCUGAAACUGUUGCUUCUCGGCACUGGGGAAAGUGGGAAGAGCACAUUUAUCAAACAGAUGAGGAUUAUCCACGGAACCGGUUACUCUGACGAGGACAAAAGGGGCUUCACCAAGCUGGUCUAUCAGAACAUCUUUACGUCCAUGCAGGCCAUGAUCCGAGCCAUGGAGACGCUCAAGAUCCCCUACAAGUAUGAGCACAACAAGGCUCACGCCAACAUAGUGAGAGAGGUAGAUGUAGAGAAGAUCAACAAGCUUGAGAAUCCCUACGUCGAUGCAAUCAAGAGCUUAUGGAACGACCCGGGCAUCCAGGAGUGUUAUGAUCGAAGGCGGGAAUACCAGCUCUCGGACUCUACUAAAUAUUACCUGAACGCACUGGAUCGGAUCGCUGAGCCAGCCUACCUUCCCACCCAGCAGGAUGUGUUGAGGGUUCGAGUUCCAACCACAGGCAUUAUUGAAUACCCAUUUGACCUGCAGAGUGUCAUAUUCAGGAUGGUGGAUGUCGGAGGUCAGAGGUCAGAGAGGAGGAAGUGGAUCCACUGCUUUGAAAACGUCACGUCAAUCAUGUUCCUGGUAGCCCUCAGCGAGUACGACCAAGUUUUGGUGGAGUCGGAUAACGAGAACCGGAUGGAGGAGAGUAAAGCUCUGUUUAGGACAAUAAUCACAUACCCCUGGUUCCAAAACUCCUCAGUCAUUCUGUUCCUCAACAAGAAGGACCUGUUGGAGGAGAAGAUUAUGUACUCUCAUCUGGUUGACUACUUCCCAGAGUAUGAUGGUGAGUAUUGAAUGAUUUAAGAGUGCUUGUACCAAAACACUGACAGAGCUUACGCUAAGCCCCAAAAUCAAGACUGUCGAGGUGUUUUUGAGUAAAGACGUCAUAUUUUGUUUAACUCUUAAACAUGUUCACA